GCGGACCGAAGACACGCAGAGACGGGCUGCUGGUGGUGAAGAUGGCGGAUGGGGACAGUGGAAGUGAGCGCGGAGGUAGCAGCAGCGGUGGCGGUGGCGGCGGCGGCGGCGGAGGAGGGAGCGGUGGCGGAGGAGGAGGUGGCGGCUUUCAGCAUUACCCGCGGGAGCCCGAGACUCAGGAGCUGGCCUCGAAGCGGCUGGACAUUCAGAACAAACGCUUCUACCUUGACGUGAAGCAAAACGCCAAAGGCCGCUUCAUAAAAAUCGCCGAGGUCGGUGCCGGGGGCUCGAAGAGUAGGCUAACGCUCUCCAUGUCGGUGGCGGCCGAGUUCCGUGACUACCUCGGGGAUUUCAUCGAGCACUACGCCCAGCUGGGGCCUAGCACUCCGGAGCAGAUCGCCCAGUCGGCGGGCGGCGAUGACAGCGGGCCUCGGCGGGCCUUGAAGAGCGAGUUCCUGGUGCGAGAGAACCGCAAAUACUACCUCGACCUGAAGGAGAAUCAGCGGGGUCGCUUCCUCCGGAUCCGGCAGACCGUCAACCGAGGCCCGGGCUUCGGCGUCGGCGCGGGGGGCAUGCCUGGCGCCGGCAUGCAGGCCGGACAGACCAUCGCGCUGCCGGCCCAGGGUCUGAUAGAGUUCCGCGACGCCUUGGCCAAGUUGAUCGACGACUACGGCGGCGACGACGACGAGCUGGCCGGCAGCGGUGCAGGAGGGGCGGCCGGCUACGGCGAGCUCCCGGAGGGCACCUCCAUCAUGGUGGACUCGAAGCGCUUCUUCUUCGACGUGGGCUCCAACAAGUACGGCGUGUUCUUGCGGGUGAGCGAGGUGAAGCCCAGCUACAGGAACUCUAUCACAAUACCCUUCAAAGCCUGGGCCAAGUUCGGCGGCGCGUUCAGUCGCUACGCCGAGGAGAUGAAGGAGAUCCAGGAGCGCCACCGGGAGAAGGGCUUCGAACGCCGGGCCGCCGCGGAGGAGUCCGAGGGCGAAGACGUGGACGACGACUGACGGGGACGGACGACCCACGGAUAUUUUUUGUGGGGGGGGGGGGGGGGGGGGGGGUUGCUUUUAUGCUCAAGCUGACAACAAGCCGGGAGAUAAACGAGAUCAAGAGUGAGAGGAGCGACCAUUGCGUGCAUGACGAAUCGAACUAUUUUCAAACGCGGAAGUAAAACGAGAUAUAUAUGACUGAGAAUUUAGUGUCUAUACACACACACACACACACACACACACACGCAUAUAUAUAUAUAUAAUAGGAAAAAAGGUUCGGUGGAUGUUAUAGAUACAGUAUUUAGGUCCUGUAUGAGAUGCCCCUAUUGACUGAUAAUAUAUACAUCUAUCUAUAUAAAUACUAUAUUGAUUGUACAUUUGAUAGCAGUUAAGCUCAAGACAGACGGAACACUAAGGUCCUACUUCCUGGUUGAGAGCCAAUCAAAAGAGCGCACCUGCUCGAGGAUCAGAAAACGAGAAAUAUUCCUUGAGAGCCAAUCAGAGGGACUCGCCUGAUUUAUAAUUCGUGGAGCCCCAGCAACAAACUGGCGGGAAGGCGUCCAUUUCAGCUCAAGGUUCCACUUCAUGGUGGAGAGUCAAUCGGAAGCGCUCGCCUGACUUGGUAGUAUCUGGACCCUUGGCAACAGGGAAGGCGUCCAUUUCGGCAAGACGGCGUUACAAGCACACUCUUUGGAGGGGAAUAUACCCCACACACACACACACCUGGGGGAGGCCAUUUUGACUCAGGAGCUGGCAACACUGGAGAUGUAUUGGCACAACCCAAUGUUUCCGGGGUGUGCAGGCCUGUGUUUUUUGUUUUGUUUUUGCCUGUGUGUGACAUCCAUGUCAACUGAUGGUGUCAUGUAAGCCAAGCCCCUCGAUUGGCUCCCCUAUUUUCAAGAUCAUCGAUGGGAAUUUUGGAUCUGUUUGGGUCAAAUUAGGUGCUUUUGGAUAAAAACAAAAAUAACUACAAGGGUGCUGUACUAAAGUCUAUUAAAAAAAAAAGCAUAGAUAGAUAGAAUUAUUUUUCAAGAGAUUUAUUGAAUUAUGUCUCAGAAAUGUGAGACCUUUAUUAUUCAAGUGGGUUAUUAAAAAACCACAAAGGAUGAGAUUUGGUCAUACCUGCUUUUUGUUUUUCUUUUAAUUCGCAGAGAACAGGGUUUCCUAAACUGAGGCUCAUUUUGAGCCCUGGCAGGGUUUUUAUUUUUUAGUACAGUCGUGUGUUGUGUUGUUUAUCAUUAUUUUAUAUGUUGGUACAUAAUAAUGAGUACAUGUAUUAAGUAUGGGUUCCAGCUAGGAACUACAUUGUCCCCUUACAAACUUUCUCAUAACUUCUUCAUUUGACCCGCAAUAAUAGGGCUGUAUCCUCAUAACGUGACUAUUGUAAUAGUUUUCUUGAAAAAUAAAGUACAACUAUAACAAUACAUCGAUGGUAAGAUGCAUCUUUACCUAAUAAUAUUACAGCGUUAUUCUCGUAACGUCACCGCCUAAAAAAAUGAUCGCAAAAUACCACCUUUUAUUCUCGCCAUAUUUGGUGAAACUGGCAGAAUUUUACAACUUUAUUCUCGUAACAUGACAGAUUUUCUCAUAAUUGACAAUGACUUUUCAGGAAAAACUGCAACUUUUCUCAUAUUACGACUUCAUUCUAAUUAAAUAUGUUUUUACAUGAAAGAAAGUCAUUACUACUGGUCACAAAACCUUUCAUGGAAAAAAAGACCUUAUUAGGACUAUUCUCAUUAAAUAAAAAUUUAAUAAUUUACAAUGUGUAAUAAAAUGUUGCAACUUUUUUCUUCUUUCUUACAGUACAAAUAGAUGUUCGCAACAUCACACAUUUUUCACCAAAAAGCCUGGUGACUGUCACAACUUUUAUUUUUACCAGUAAAAUGGCUUUAUUCUCAUAACAUUACAACUAUAUUAUAGUAAAAUAGAGUACAAAUAAAAUCACACAGAACAAAACGACAACUUUAUUCCCUAAAAUGAUGCACCUUCCUAUGUUUGUUCUCAUAGUAUUUUGACUUUUACCGUAAUGUUACUUUAGUUUUUUCUUGUAGUAUGCAAAAUAAAAACACAUCUUUAUUCUCGUAAUGAUUUGACAAUUCAGGAAAAAAAAUACUUAUUUUCUUGUCAUAUUAUGACCUCAUUCUUACAACACUACAUAACCUUAUCAAAACAUUGACUUUGUCGUAACUUUACGGCUGUUUUUCGAAAAAAUAUUCUUGUAAAAUUUCGACUUGUAAUAACACUAACAAACUUCAUUCUUAUAACAUUAUGACUAUUGUCCUAUUAUCAACAUGGAAAUAUACAAGUACUAUUUAUUUUUUUGUAUUGUUGCAUGAAAAAGUCAAUCAUUUUUAG